CGCUGCGCAGUACGCUACCAAACGAUUUACUUCGUAGGUUGGUUGGCUGGAAGUCCAAUAAUUAGACAAGAUAAGGAUAGGCGUAUAUACACCUGUCAGAAAACCGAGAGAUUAGGGACAGCCUCUGAAACAGGCCUGUUCUUCACAUCAAAGUUCAAACAUGGACCUGUUGGGGUCUAUAAUGAGUAAGAUGGAGAAGCCUCCAGUAACAACUACCCAAGCACAGAGGGAAGCAAAGAAGAAACAAAUAGAGGAAGCAAAGAAACUGAAAGAAAAAGAAAAGGAAAUGCUCCUGAAGUUUCGCAAAGAGGCUGAAACAGAAGUACAGAAGUUCAUGAAAGAUGAUGUGUUACUGAAGAAGCAGUUUCCACCAAUGAAUGAAGUCCAAAGGAGCAUACUCCACGAUGUGGCCGAGGUGGCGGGCCUCGUGUGUCACGCGUUCGGCGAGGAGGGCGUCGACCGGCACAUCAUGCUGUUCAAGAAGGAGUACGAGCUGGCGGCCGAGGAGGUGGCCGCCCUGCGGCGCGGCGAGGAGUACGACCCGGCCCGGGCCAAGGAGGAGGCGUUCCAGCGUGACCUGGCCGAGCAGCUGGCGGAGCAGGAGCAGCGGCAGCGACGCGGCAAGAAGGCGCCACCGCCGCCGCCCGCCGCCUUCCUGCAGAAGCGACAGCACCUGUUCGCCGACGACUCUGCGCAGCGUGCCGCCGUCAACUCGUCGUUUGGUGUUGUGUCGAGCUCGCUGAAGACCGACAAGCGGUCCAUCGAAGAGACCCUGGCCGACAUACGCGCCAAGAAGCGGCGGCAGAGGGACGAGUCGGAGCAGGAGGCCGCCGACGGCGAGCCCGAGCCGGACACCGGCGGCGCCAGAUAGUGGAGCGCGCUCGACCCCAGGAACACUGGUCGGGCGCGAGCUACGCGCUCGGGGUCCGUAACGCCUGCGCCGUCGCCGCCGCCGUCGCGUGUUGCAGUGCUCCGCCGGUCCCGCAGGGCGUGGAGUCGCGGCGGGCGCGCGGCGCCGCCCCACCGAACGCGCCGCGCCGGCCGUGUGGCUGCCGCGGGCUGGCACGCUGUCUGAGCGGCCUCUCCGCCUCGCCGUCCGUAGUCCGCAGGCGCCGGCGGCUGUAGGCGAGUGCGUAUUUGUACAAUGCCUCAGGGCGGCACUGAUUGCUGUCGUUUUCGACCCAUAUCCUCUGUUAGUUGUGCUGUUCGCCGGUUGCCGAGUGCUGUCGCGUGGUGCCGAUAAUCCGCCUCGUUUCUCAAGGCCGGUCGGCCGGGCCUUUGUUGUCGAUCUUCACCAUAAUGAUUGCCUGGGAACGGGGCAGCAGCAUGUUGUGCGCACGUCAUCCAAUCGCAAUACAACCGCAAGAACAUUU